AUAAUAUUACAAUUUACAAACAUGGUUACUCGUUUCCUCUCCAAAAUUCAAUUCCCUAUUUUUUUCAUCAUUUCAUCAAUACUUAGUGUUAACUCCCAACUCACUUAUAUAAACCACGGUUGUUUCGAACCUUUUACCCAUCUUAGCGGCUUUGAAGCCAACAUCGGAAACGCCAUAACUCAACUCACAUUCGAAGCAUCAACCUCUUACUAUAGCACCAACACUACCGGCGUUGGCGAAGACCAAGUUAACGCCUUCUUUUACUGUCGUUACGACGUCUCUCCUCAAACAUGCCAAAGUUGUGUAGCUAGUGCCGCCAUUAACAUUACUUCGUGCCUUUCGAGUGUAGAAGGCAUCGUAUAUUACGAAGAAUGUAUCUUACACUAUGCUAACCUUUCAUUCUCCACUAUUAUGGUGGAAUUGCCACGGUACGUUCAAGCUAGUCGUCAAACCGCAGACCUAGAAACAAAUUUUGGUCAGAUUUUGGGUAACACUUUUAUCGAUCUCAUUAGCAACGUUACCUCUGAAUUUCCCGUUUCCUCUCGUUACUUUGCCACCAUGACAGCCAAAUACAGGUCCUAUGAAACUAUUUACGCAUUUACUCAAUGCAAUCCGGAUAUUACCUCGAAUAAUUGCAGUACGUGCUUGCAAAAUGGAUUUAGUGCCAUCGCUACUAAUUAUACUGGCUCAGUUUAUGCACAAUUAUUUUCGCCAAUCUGUAGAUUGAGCUACGUAUUAUCUGGUGAGACACUAAGUCGUCCAUGGAGUUUUUCUCAAACUUUUCGUCGAAGUCCACCAACAUUUUCAGCAGGAAACCGAGGAAUACGAAAUUCGUUUAUUGGUGCGAUGAUAGCAAGUAUUUCAAGUAUGGCAAUGUGUUUGAAGCUUUUCCUGUAACUGUCAUAUUCAUAUACGUAUUUAUGUACUAUUAUGUGCUACCAUGUACCUUAUACAGUGACCUGUUUAUUUUGCAAGGUGUCUUUAAGUUGUAAAAAGUGUGUUUGGCUGCACAUGAAUAAAUAUUUGAACGUA